UGCGUGAAAAUGGAUCGCAAAUAGAUGGCAUCGAGUAACCCAGAGCUUCAGCACUCGUGAAAUGGGGUUCAAAUUCGUAGUGGUUUCCCAAAACGUGCCGCGGCACGCGCGCACACGGUCGGACAACCGAGGUGUCAUCGAUCUGACAUUUUCUCAUAAAUAACGGUGAAACGUCAUGCAUCGCGCGUAAAUCCACGGGAACAUGAACAUGGAUCUCCUCUUCGUUUCUCCUUGACGCGCACCGACGGAACGGGAGGCGGGCGGUGGGCUGAACCGAGCGAAUUGACUAUCGGCCAAUGCAACGGGGGAACGGCGGCGUGACAGCGACCCGGGAGCCGGGAAGUCAGAGGGACAGUGCUUGGCGUGGCUGGGACUCGUUCUGCCGGGUAUAACGCGGAACGAUGGGCUGCGCUCCCAGCAUCCACGUCUCGCAGAGUGGGGUGAUCUACUGCCGCGACUCGGACGAGUCCAACUCGCCGCACCAGACCACCACCAUCUCGCAGGGCACGGCGACCACCCUGCACGGCCUCUUCAUCAAGACCGACGCGGCGGACACGAUUCCCUCCGUAAUCGCGUACCAGAGCAGGCACACGCGGACCGGCUCGCACCGGGAGCGCAAAGAGAACAGCGGCGGUCACAUCUGCAUAGAGGCCGAGACCCAGACCAGCAAGACCAGCGUUAAGGUGUCUGCAAUAGAAGAGCGUUUGGGGCCAAUGCGUUUGACCCAGGAGCCCAUACAGGUGUUACUGGUUUUCGCUAAAGAGGACAGUCAGAGCGAUGCGUUCUGGUGGGCGUGCGAGCGGGCGGGGUUCAGGUGUAACAUCGCACGGACACCUGAGUCUGCGGUGGAGUGUUUCCUGGACAAACACCACGAGAUCGUCAUUAUUGAUGGGCGGCACUCGCGGUACUUUGAGGCUGAAGCAGUCUGUCGGUUGAUUCAAGCGACCAAGCCUUCUGAACACACAGUUAUUGUAGCAGUGGUGCCGCAAACUCCUUCAGAUCAAGAGGAACCAUCUUGUCUUCCUCUUCUCUCUGCUGGCUUUUCAAGAAGGUUUGCAGAGAACAGCAGCGUGUCGGCCUGCUAUAAUGAGCUAAUCCAGUUAGAACACGGAGAGGUUCGAGCUCAGUUCAAACUGAGGGCUUGUAAUUCGCUGUUUGCGGCAUUAGAGCAGUGUCAGGAAGCCGUUGAGAUCAGCAGCGAAGAUCACGUCAUACAAUAUGUUAAUCCAGCAUUUGAGAAAAUGAUGGGCUACCAUAGAGGAGAGCUGAUCGGAAAACAGCUAACCGAACUGCCCAAGAGCGACCGAAACAGCGCCGACCUGCUGGACACCAUCAACAUCUGCAUGAAGAAAGGAAAGGAAUGGCAGGGGAUCUAUUUCUCACGGAAGAAGUCGGGUGACAGUAUUCAGCAAUACGUCAGAAUCACUCCUGUGAUUGGCCAGGGAGGAAAAAUUCGCCAUUUUGUGUCUAUCAAGAGGCCUUACAGUGACAACCACAGACAGGUUCAUAAAUUCAGCCGAGAGGAGAAAGGCUGUGCUGAAAACUCACAGUCAGAAUGCAAUUCCCUGCGUCACAAGGAUCGGAGGAAAGAAUCCAUCAGCUCGCACGCCAGUGAUGCUCCUAGUCUACAGAAUCGUAGAUAUUCUUCAAUGGCCCGUAUUCACUCCAUGACUAUUGAGGCUCCCAUCACUAAGGUGAUAAAUAUUAUCAACGCAGCACAGGAGAGCAGUCCGGUGACCGUGGCAGAAGCUCUAGACCGGGUUCUGGAGAUCCUGCGGACCACUGAACUCUACUCGCCCCAGCUGGCUUCGAAAGAGGACGACCCCCAUACCAACGACCUGGUGGGGGGGCUCAUGAGUGAUGGGCUCAGAAGGCUGUCUGGGAAUGAGUAUGUCUUCUCCAAAAGUGCAUUACACAAUAUGAGUCAGAGUCAGCUGGCCGUGCCUGUCCCUUUAAAUGACGUGCCGCCUUCCAUCGCUGAGCUGCUCAAUGAAGAAAAACUUUGGGAAUUUAACAUCCUGGAGCUGGAAGCAGCUACACACAAAAGGCCUCUCUCAUAUCUAGGUCUGAAAAUCUUCACUGAUUUUGGCGUGUGUGAGUUUCUGAACUGCACGGAGGCCACGCUGCGCUCCUGGCUGCAGGUCAUCGAGGCAAAUUAUCACGCCUCCAACUCCUACCACAACUCAACACACGCUGCAGAUGUUUUGCACGCCACUGCGUACUUCCUGCGUAAAGACAGAGUCAAGGGCAGUCUUGACCAACUUGAUGAAGUUGCGGCUUUGUUAGCGGCGACGGUUCAUGACGUCGACCACCCCGGCCGCACCAACUCGUUCCUUUGCAACGCAGGAAGCGAACUGGCGAUACUGUACAACGACACCGCCGUCUUAGAGAGUCACCACGCCGCUCUGGCCUUUCAGCUUACCGUACGAGACAUCAAGUGCAACAUCUUCAAAAAUAUGGAGAGGACACAGUUUCGGACGCUACGGCAGGCUAUCAUAGACAUGGUGUUGGCUACGGAAAUGACGCGACACUUCGAACACGUCAAUAAGUUUGUAAACAGCAUCAACAAACCCAUGAGCGCUAUCGAGGAGACGAGCUCCAAUAGCGAAGGCAGCGAUUGUGAGGGUCCGGCCAGUAUCCGAAACUCUCCCGAGAAUCGUCUGUUGAUCAAACGCAUGCUGAUUAAAUGUGCCGACGUGGCCAAUCCCUGCAGACCUCUAGAGCUGUGCAUCGAAUGGGCCGGACGCAUUUCUGAAGAAUACUUUGCUCAGACGGAUGAAGAGAAAAGACAGGGUUUGCCGGUCGUCAUGCCAGUGUUUGAUCGGAAUACCUGCAGCAUUCCCAAAUCCCAGAUCUCCUUUAUCGACUAUUUCAUCACUGACAUGUUUGAUGCCUGGGAUGCCUUUGCCAGUUUGCCAGGCUUGAUGGAACAUUUGGCAGAGAACUACAAAUACUGGAAGAACUUGGAUGAGAUGAAGUGUAAAAGCCUGCGGCCCCUGCCACCUCCAUGAGCCCCCCUUCUGAAGGUCAAGGGUCAGAGGUCAAGACGUCUCCACAUGACCUCAAUUAUUCUGUCCAACGCACCGCCCCAUUGACGACACUCCACCCCAGCGACAAUCGCCCCGGUGACAAGGGUAAAACUCAAAGGAAUGCACUUUAUCUUCUCCUCCAGCGUCUUUUCGCUUCAUCUUUUUGAAAUCUGUCUCUUCGGCUGUUUUGAAUGUUUCCUUGAUGAGGUCUUUUGUAAUUGUGUACGUUGGACUCACGAAGAUGAAGACUGAGCUCAGUCCAUUAGAGAGCGGUAUGAACGGGCCAUACAGUGGGAAUGAAAAUGUGUUUCGCUUACUAAACGCAUGCACACAAGUAUACGUGAGCUCAUGGAUGACAGAUCUGGACUGAGGAGAAAAACGAAGAACCAGAUGGAACUGACAGAGCGUCCCAUGAUGCCUCGGGUGCAGGAAGGCUUAACCCUGGUCGCCCUGCUCGCCCGCCUCCUCAUCGCCAUGCACGGGUUGAAUCGUUCACGAAUACAAAAUCUCAGAACGGUCAAUUAGGUGUUUUUGUUUCAUGAUGUUUCAGGGGGUCGCUGAAUACCAGACAAACUCUCGCCCCUGCAGUGAACUCACACUUCUCUUUUUCCCGCCCCUCAUCCCCCUCAACAUAAAGCCGAUGGGAUAUUUUGACUGUCAAGUUGCCAAAUCGUUCGAACUGAAGACUGAAUGUACAAACACUGCGACGGUCGACCUCCCUACGGGUCGGCAGUAUUCCGGCACUUUCUGUAUCAGAACGACUCUUUUCUCAGACUCCAAGGACUGGUGUGUAAAACUCAAUAAUUUUGAUAUAAAAAGCCAAUAAUAGCAAAGAAUAUAUUUCUUGAGAACACUGUAUAUCCAGACACAUACUGUAAUAGCUUGAUGAUGCGUGCGUGUGCAUAUGAGAGAGUGAGUGUGUUGCUAUAAGAUGCUUUAUAAUGAACGUUGCGGCAGGAGAGAACAUUUUUACAUUUGACAUUACGGUUAACAUUCCAACUUCACACAGUCGUCCGUACGGACACAACAUUCCCAAACUCCAGCACAGCCUCAUCAUGAGAACACCCAACAGGUGGGUUUGCUCAUAUUAUUAUCAUUUUUAAGUAUUAUUUAUUUUGGAAUAAGCUUGGCUGUGUAUCACUGGUCUUCUUUUACCACGGUGAAUGGGUUUAUGUGGCUGUUGUGCUUGCACUGUUGAUAUCUGGUCUUCAUGCACUCUGAAAGCCAAAUGGCUUCAUAUGUUCACCUGUGCUCUUUCAGCCUUACCGCAGGGACUAGAAAAGAUUUCCAACCAAACGUUGCUUUGUUUCAUUUUGUCAGAAUCACUGUACAAGCACUAAAUUUUUCCACACAUCCAAAUAAAGAGUCAUAUUUUGUGAGCGCAGUUGGACGCGUGCUCCGUUGGCUCACAGACGGGCUUAGUCAGAAUUUAUGAAGUGUUUAUAUUUGGUCUCUGCUUGUUAUGUGUGGUGUAGAUUGUUGGAAUGAGCACUUGAGGACAUACAUCACAAAGAGCGUUCUAGAACACAUCACCAAUGUUCUAGAACGUUUUGUUGUGCCGACAUCAUCAUGACUGAGAGUUCUUACAUGUUCUCGGAGCGCAUCACAGGGGCAGAUUUUUCACCGAGGAAGAUUUCUUUAGUUCACUUGGCACCGCGUUGCAAUGACAGGGUGUUCAGAAAGUUCCAGAUGGCACUGUUGUGAUGGCGCGUUUGGAAGCAUGCGGCACACGUUAUGCACGUUUCUGAUUUUCUCUCUUUCCUGUUCUCUCGUACUUCCUGUUGCUGUUUCCCCCCUUUCUUCAUUUUUCUUUUAUGCGCUCCAAACACUUUCUAUGAAGCCUUUAUAUACAGUAUAAAUCAUUAUCAGUUCAUCUUAAUGCAUUAUGAGACAGAGAGACGUUCGUAUAUACAGUCAUUCAGAUUGUUUCAUAAUAUUGUAUUACGUUUUCAUAGCCACAGCGUAAAAAUGUGUGAUACAGAAUAAAUAAAAAAUAUGAUUUGCGUUUAGUCAUGUUUCUUAAACACAUUAGAUUCAAUAAUAUGUUAUGUAUACAUAUGAAUAGUUGAAUAGUAAAUUCAGCUCUCGUCGUGGUUAUUUAUAAACUCAUGCAGCUGAUUAUAAUGUUUAUUGUAGUGCAAUGUUAAUGCAUCAAAAGUGCAUUAAGACCUUAAAAUAAUCAUUAUACAUACGAAGAGUUUGGUUCCAAAAACUCAGUUUUUAAAUGAUUUUGUCAAAAAUCAUGUUUCUUUAUUGUGCAUUCCAAUUAAUAUCAAUCAAACUGCAGUUUGUUUGUUUUGAUUUGAGCAACAAUAACAAAAAAUACAGCUAACAAACACAGUAAAACAUGAUAACAUAAUAAAAAACAUGAUUUUUUUUAUUUUAUAUUUUGGAAACAUACUCUUCAUAUACUGGCUUCAUAGAACUCAUAUUAUCCAUUAGAAAUAAUGUAUUUAACACGGUUAAAUACAUGGACAAUAUGAGGCUCACUGUUUGGUCAUUUGCUUAUUUUAUAACCGUCCAGACAUUCGUAAAUUGUGUAAAAGAAUGAACACAGAGAUUACAAAUGUCUCAUUUAUGAAGUGCUGACACUGCUGUACAAACAAGACAGGAUGCACAUGUCACCCUCUAGUGGUCAAUCCUGAGAACUUCAUCCACUGUCUAUUAAAUUGGUUAUUCGAAAUAUAAAUCCCCUCAUUUAACUGUCUUUCCAAACUUCAAGUAUGUUUUCUGGCAUACUUAAUCUUAUACUUUUUUAUACGUAAUACAAAACUCACAAACAUGUUUGUUUCUUAAGAGAAUUAUAAUUUCUUUAACAUUACUCUUCUGUUAGGAAUAACUGAAGUCCUUAUGAUCAGAGGUCAUCAAUUCCACAAACAAAGCUUCAGAGUUUAAAAGAUUAUUUAUGAAUGCAAAGUGAAAUCAAACAUUUACAUGAACGUGCCCCGUUUAUGAACAGAAUACUGCCUAACUGUUUCUUGUUCGAUGGUUAAUGUGAUGCUGUGAAGUUUUGUAGGUACACUGAGUGAAUGUUAUAUUUUGCGGUUUAAUCAGGAUUAAGAUUACAGUUAUAUUUCAGGUUGUGGAUGUUAUCAGUUAAAUGUGAAUUACUGCCAGUUUGAGGGUUUCAUUCUAUAUAAUUCCUAUCCAUGUUUCUGCUUUGUAUUUGUUUGUGCCUGUUGAGUGAUAGUAUUAACUGACCAAACCUUUUAUAAAAGGAUAGAUAACACAAACAACACAGUUAUCAAUGACUGCUGAGCUGCAGUUCACCAGCAGCGGGUGGAGGAGAAUUUGGGAUUUUUGAUUUGAUCCGUUCUCUGGUUCAGGCUCUAAAGUCUGCAGACAUCAGUCAUAGAACAUUCUAAAACACUUAACAUCAGACUUUUAAUGAAAGCGUUCCUUUCUUUUCCUGUUCUCCACCCAUCUGAUCCUCCGUGUUCCUGUGUUUCAGUGUUAACAAAGCUACUGUACGUCAAACCAUGGCUCCUGUCAGCAUGCAUUGUCCUUUCCCAGAACUGUUUCAUGUUUUUGUCAGACACAGGGUUUAUAUGUAAAGAAAGCUGAAUUCUCAGAUGUUUGGAGCAUAAACUUAUAUGGACUUUUCUCAGAAAUGAAUAUAAGUAUGUAGGGCAUUUUUCAGACACAUGCCUUAAUCUCGAUUGUGGAAACACCACGGAUUAAUGUCCUUUCGGUAUUCCCUCAACACUGAGCGUUCAUGUGAGAUUCCGUCUUAAUCUGAGUUUCAAAUAUGGAAUAAUUGAAUUGUGUUGUCAUGGUGACCAUGUGAUUGUUUCAUGCUAUGACUCCAAAGUUUAUUGUAAUUGUAUGAUUUAAUGGUUAGUUCAGCUUUCUUAUUGUUUAGCAGUGAUGCAAUUUAAGGAAUAUUUUCCCCCAAAUUUGCUAAUUUUUAUGUUUUCAAAGUUCGGUUUUAUUUUUAUUUUGGAAGGAACACAAAAGAGAUUUUUUGAAGAUUCUUAUUUUCCAUGCAACAGUUAUAUACGCCUUGUAUGGCCUUAUGUUCUCUGUCUCCACAUGCUUUGAGGAUCAGACUUAAAGAGAUAGUUCAGCCAUCGAUGAAAAGUAAACUCAUUUACUCUCCUUUGGUCAUUUCAAACAUUUCAAACAGUUUCUUGCUCAACACAAAAUCAAUUUUGAAAAACUUGAGUAACCAAACAAUACUGAGCCCCAUUGACUUCCACUGUGUGAACAAAACCACUGACGCUUUUCAUGAAGACACAUUUUCAUGAGAGUAAACAAAUGAUGUUUUUUUAGGGUGAACUAUCUCUUUAAAUUUGUCUGAAUGACUUAAUAAAACCCUGUAGUCCUGUGUGGAGAUCUUUUUAAAAUAUCAUUGUGUUUCGAAAAAUCAAACAUAUUCAUAUUCACCGAAAGACAGCAGAAAUGCUCAGACUCGUGGGAAAGUGUACUUGUCUUACUCCAAACAUUAACAGUGCAGCCAAAAGCGUCCCCUCAGGUUCGAUGAAUCCCGUGAUUUCAGCCAAUGUUGCCAAUGCAAUUAUUUUUGCAACUACCUAAAGUAUUUAUGACAAGGAAACAAAUGUAUUCCUAGAAGCCAUUUGAUUUCUAUGAUCAUUCAUUGAUCUUGUGACUAAAGAGUCCCCGCUUGUGUUUGAAUAUCGUGUUGUAAUUCUAUUGACGGACAUCCUUCACACACCCAUUAUUGAAGGGCUCACUUACAUACAUGACCUCACAAUGACAUCAUAAUAGGGGGCGUGUCAUGAAGUGAACUAGACGGUCAGGGACGGUCAGGUUUAAUACUUGUGUGAAGUGAUCGAUGGGUGCAGAUUCUGUGCCAAUUACUGUAUUUGUUUUUUUGAAGAGUUAGGGAACGCAAACUUGCAUUAUCCCUCGAGCAAAUGUAUAUAAACUAUUUUUAUUAAACACAAUAUUAUUGAAAGUAAUAUUAGUCAGGCCGUUCAGCCGUUCUUGUUAUUGUUAGAUGUACAAAAAAGAUUUAUGUCAUAUAUGUUUAAAACAUGUUUUAUUUCUGAGGUCUGAUUCUGUCUUUAUCUGUUGUUUGGAGCGACCGCUCCGACUUUGAAUCUGUUGUGUUUGUGAGACACACAAAUAAACAUUUGCAAUAAAAUCUUUUUGAUCCGA